AUGGCACCCGACGCGGCAUUUUCAAAUAUAGGAGAUAAGAAUGAAUUUACUAAGUUUACCAAAUUUCUUGCUUACAAAGGCGUGCAGGUCAUUGUUGAAUCAAGGAAAGGGGUUAAAAUUGAUGCAAAUACAAAACAACAGUCAGCUGACACAGACUGGUUCAAUCUCCAAAUACCAGACUCACCCGAAGUUAAUCAAGCUACUAAAAACGCUUUACCAUCAGAUAGAAUACUAGAAACUAUUAGAUCUCACUUAAAUGUAGAAAUAUCAGUACAAACUGAGGAUGGAGAUGAAAUGGUGCUUGAAUUAUGGACCUUGGGACUAGACGAAACACAAUUUGAUUCAUCUUUAAAAGCAAUGAACACAGUUUACUUCAGAAUGGGGAUCCUAUUAAAAUCACUUAUCACAAUUACUAGAAUCACUCCAGCAUAUCACUUAUCACGGAAGCAGCGAACAGAGUCGUUUACAAUUUUCUACAGAGUUUAUAGCGGUGAGCCCAAGGUAAAGACAUUAGGUGAGUCAGUUAAAAAAGUUCAAGCUGGAAUGCUAAAAACACCUCUAGGAGGAUUAGGUUUCACUGUUUCAUAUAGAACAAACUUCUCUAUAUCACCAAAUAGGUCUGAAAAGAACAAAACACUUUUACUCAAGAGUGACCAUUUUGAAUUGAGUCCUAAGCAUGUUAUAUUUGAAACAAAGAAAAAAAAGGAACCUUCAUCUCCACAACCAAUUGACCUAAACAAACCUCUUCGUCUAGCGGCAUUUGUUGAUGAAUAUCUCGUGGAAGAAGUAAUAAAGGAGUUUUUCAAAAAGUUUCCUGUACCGAAAUGCCGGACACCAAAAUUUGAAAUAAUAGAGGAUGAAACAACAAUUUGUAAAAGCACCCAGGAGUUGGAUAUGAGUGUCAUCUCAAAAAGCCCGACGUCGCUUGAAAUGCCACCUAAAAAGUUUCCAGGAUUUAGAAGUGAAAAUGAACCACCAUUGAAAUUGUUAUGCUUUCCCUUUGCAGACAACCAUCCAAUACGUGAGUUGGCUGAAUUUUACAAAGAUUUUUUUAAUGCGCCACAUUUAAAGUUAUCCAAUUAUGAUACAGCAUUCAAAGAAAAAAAGCUUGAAAUGACAACUGAAGAUUUUUCUGAAGAUCUACUAAAACAUGAGAGUUCAUUAAUAGAAUUUGAUCAAUUGGUAGAUGAUAUGUGCCGGUCGGCAGAGUGGAGCGGGAAUUAA